AUGUUUACUCCGAAUAGAGAUUAUGGGCUUCGUGCAAGUAUUUGUCAAUGUUUGGGAGUGCAGGAGGUGGAAAAUCACGAUAAUUAUCUUGGCAUGCCUUCGGUCGUUGGCAGAGAUAAGAAAUUAAUUUUUAAUUAUGUGGUUAACAAAGUGGCAAAGCGUAUCCAAGGAUGGAAGACAAAAUUUCUUUCUAAGGCUGGAAAAGAUAUUCUUUUGCGUACUAUUGCACAGUCAGUUCCCAAUUAUAUUAUAUCAUUGUUUUUGUUACCAGUGGAUACUUGUAAAGAUAUUGAGAUUAUAAUGAAUAGUUUCUUUUGGGGCAAUGGGAAAGACAAUGGUGAUGGUAUAAGGUGGUUUCGAUGGAAACGGCUUGCAGUUCCAAAGGUAGCUGGUGGUUUAGGAUACUGGGAAUUACGACAGUUUAAUCUUGCUUUAGUGGCUAAGCAGGGUUGGAGGCUUUUGAAGUAUCCUAAUACUUUGGCUUCUAAAGUGUUAAAGGCGAAGUAUUUUUCCCAUUCUGAUUUUUUCCAAGCUCCGGUGGGUAAUGGUCCAAGUCAGAUUUGGAGAAAAGCAGGUGAUCCUUAUAUUCGGACUGAGGUCGCUGAGAACAUGCCUUUUGUUAGGGUUUCCGAUUUGAUUUUGAAUAGGACGUGGAAUGCCGAGUUAAUUCAGACUCAUUUUCAGCAGCAUGAUUCUGACAACAUUUUGCAUAUUCCUUUAUCUCUUAGGGAAUGCGAUGAUGAUUGGUGUUGGGCUUUAAAUCGAAAGGGUGAGUAUGUUGUGAAGGAAGGCUAUCGCGUGGCAAUGGAGGAUAAUCUUGCUGAUGUAUCUUGA